AUGGCGACUCAUACCAUUUCUCGCUCCUUUUUUAGCCGACCGGCGAAAUCUCUUUCGUUCCUGUUCACGAGAUCCUUCGCUUCAUCUGCUCCUCUCGCCAAAUCCCCGGCUUCUUCUCUCUACACGUCAUCUCUGCUCAGCCGUUCCCGUCCUCUCGUCGCCGCUUUCUCCUCCGUUGUCCGUGGUGGUGGCCUCGUGUCCGUGAAAGGUCUCUCGACUCAGGCUACGUCGUCUUCUCUCAGCGAUCCGAACCCCAACUGGUCUAAUAGGCCACCAAAGGAGACGAUCCUUCUCGAUGGUUGCGAUUUCGAGCACUGGCUUGUCGUCGUUGAGCCACCUGAGGGUGAACCUACUAGAGACGAGAUCAUUGAUAGCUACAUCAAAACCCUAGCUCAGAUUGUUGGAAGUGAAGAAGAAGCUAGGAUGAAGAUCUACUCGGUUUCAACUAGGUGUUACUAUGCUUUUGGAGCUCUUGUGUCAGAAGAUCUUUCUCACAAGAUUAAAGAGUUGCCAAAGGUGCGCUGGGUUCUUCCUGAUUCUUACCUGGAUGUGAGGAACAAAGACUACGGAGGUAAGGCUUAG